AAAAUUAAAUAUAAUUCCAGUUUAACAUGCAAACUGAUGAGAUAAUGUGAAUGUGCCACUCCAGUGUUCGUUAUUGGCUACUAAUGUCAACUUGUGUCUGACUGAUUGACAUGACACAAAUCUUGUGUGAACACAGAACCUUAUCCAAUUAGCAUGCUCUUAACAGCAUUUUUGGUCAUUCUGAAUGCACAGAUGUACUAGCUUUACAAUCUGUGUUUGUAUGUAGUUUUUUUUUGUAAUUGAAAAUUUUAAUUGUUUUUGGAAUAAAAUAAUUUUGUGCUUUGCAGAAUUGUCUCCUUGAGGUUUUUUUUUGUGGCAAACAAUGGUUUGCUUAACUAAAUGCAGAAGCUUCCAAUGGCCUUUAUACAAGUACAGCCUGUGUGUUUAUCCCGGUUUCUGAGAAAAAGAAACUGUUUUUCUGAGAAAAACAGUAAUUUUGCUAAGAAUCAAGUCUAUUGUUGCACCUCCUUCUGCAACUCUACAGCCAGCUACCCUCAGCAUCAAAAAAAGAAAUUUCAAAUUUUAAUAAAUAAAAUUCACCCCGAGUAUCAGACACUAAACUUUGUUGGACAUCAAUCUUCCUUUAAGUCACUUACUUCUAUUAAAGCUGGCACCUUUUGUGUGUAUUCAACAAAUCGGCCAGAGCCAGAGGAUGAGAGCAGCCAGGCCACCAUCUAUAGACCUAAAGCACCAUCAUCCAUCGUGGAGCUGAGGGCAGCCAUCGUGGACAUGUGGUCACUCAGCCUUGGAGCUGUGGGUGCUGCUGUUGUUGGCCUAAUUCUGGCUAACACAGAUUAUUUCCUAACCCAGCCCGAGUUUGCUACUCUAGAGUAUUUGGGGGAUGCUAAUCUCAAAACCACUGAAGGAGAUGAGAAGGUAUUUAAAGCACGAACUCUGUGGGAGACGUCAGGAGCAGUGAUAAUGGCUGUACGGAGGCCUGGAUGAUUUUGGUGCAGAGAGGAAGCUGCUGAGCUAUCCUCUCUGAAGCCCCAACUGGAGAAGCUUGGGGUUCCUUUGUACGCUGUGGUCAAAGAGACCAUCGGUACAGAGGUGCAGGAUUUCAAACCACACUUUGCUGGCGAUGUCUUUCUGGAUGAAAAGCAAGUGUUCUAUGGUCCUACAAUGAGGAAAAUGGGUUUUCUUGGUUUAAUUCGUCUGGGAGUUUGGCAGAAUUUUAUACGAGCAUGGAGGUCAGGUUACCAGGGAAACACGCAUGGAGAGGGCUUCAUCCUGGGUGGGGUGUUUGUCAUUGGAUCUGGCAAUCAGGGAGUUCUUCUGGAACACCGGGAGAAGCAAUUUGGAGACAAAGUCCACAAAGAGUCCGUUUUGCAGGCAGCUAAGGAAAUAAUAGUUCAGAAAUAGAAUGCUUGAUCUUGUUUGAAGAUUAUAAUCAGAUUACUAAAACACAGUAAAUCUAAAACAUACAAUUUUUCAAUCUUUAUUUAAUCUAGUCUUAAUUCAUUUAAAGCUGUCAAUGCUUAGGAGAGCACAUGGCCUGCUGAACUGACACAUUGUCAUAAUCUUCCAGACAAAAUAAGCAUGUCAGUAGUGAUUACAAUUGCAUCAUUUGCAUUAUUCAGGUACAUCGUUCUUUUAAGCUGCUGUUUUGCACUUUAGAAGUUGUAAUUCUGUUGAGCAUUUCCUCAUUCAGUCAGGUUCUCUUCACUGUUUUCUGCAUGGCUGCUGCUAGGUUUGUUUGUUUUAAUGAUGGUCUGACUCAAAACUCCUUAGUGAAAGAUCAGAUCUGAAGCCUAACAUGCGAUCCUGCUCACCAGCUUAUGGUUAGUGGACAGUCAGUGAUCCUGAAAAUGGAGCAUGAUAUUUACAAUAAAAACAGUGUCAUAAAAA